GGAGAGAAGAAAGCGAGGAGUUCGUGGGGCGGUUACCACUCCUACCAGACUCGCUGGGCACUGCCGGACCCGAGCGUGGAGCCCGGAGGGAGCCGCGACUGGCUGCGCCAAGUGAACUCUGAGCUUAAAUAAUUGAACUGCAAAAGGAUGAUACCUCUUUUCAAGGGGUGAAGGAAUUACAUGAGAUCUUUGUGAGUGUGGAGCUGAGUGAUGGUUUUUCCAUGAAGAAACCAAAGGGAGACAAUGUGGCUCUGGACAUAGAUAUUCUUGAUGCUCCACAAUGAAACGCCAUAGAACUCUCAGCAGCAGUGACAGUUCAGAUGAGAGUCCUUCCACUUCUCUUACUUGUGGCUCAAUGUAUAGGAACAAGUCAAAAAUUCCAAAUGAACACAAGAAAUCUGCUGAGGUAUACCGGAAGGACCUCAUCAGUGCCAUGAAACUUUCAGAUUCUCACCACAUUAAUCCUGACAGCUAUUAUCUCUUUACGGAUACAUGGAAAGAAGAAUGGGAAAAGGGAGUUCAGGUACCAGCCAGUCCAGACACUCUUCCACAGCCUUCCCUCAGGAUUGUAGCUGACAAGGUAAAGGAAGUUCUAUUUACCCGGCCCCGGAAGUAUAUCCAGUCCUCUGUCCCAGAGACCACAGAGCCUGGCUAUGUCAACAUCAAGGAGCAGGCGGCAUCUGUGUGCCGCUAUGACCUAGAUGACAUGGACAUCUUCUGGCUCCAGGAACUCAAUGAAGACCUUGCAGAAAUGGGUUGUGAGCCAGUUGAUGAGAAUCUUAUGGAAAAGACAGUAGAAGUCCUGGAACGCCAAUGCCAUGAAAAUAUGAACCAUGCUAUUGAGACAGAGGAAGGGCUAGGCAUAGAGUAUGAUGAAGAUGUGAUCUGUGAUGUGUGUCGGUCUCCAGACAGUGAAGAAGGGAAUGAUAUGGUAUUCUGUGAUAAGUGUAACAUCUGUGUGCAUCAGGCCUGCUAUGGCAUCCUCAAGGUCCCAGAAGGCAGCUGGCUGUGUCGCCCCUGUGUUGUAGGCAUUCAUCCGCAAUGUGUGUUAUGUCCAAAGAAAGGUGGAGCCAUGAAGUCCACCAAGGCAGGGACUAAAUGGGCUCACGUCAGCUGUGCCCUGUGGAUUCCAGAGGUCAGCAUUGGUUGUCCUGAGAGGAUGGAGCCAAUCACAAAGAUCUCUCACAUCCCGCCCAGUCGGUGGGCCUUAGUCUGCUACCUGUGCAAAGUGAAGACAGGGGCUUGCAUUCAGUGCUCGGUGAAAAGCUGCACCAUUGCCUUCCAUGUCACCUGUGCCUUUGAGCACAGCCUAGAGAUGAAGACCAUCCUUGAUGAAGGGGAUGAAGUAAAGUUUAAGUCAUUCUGCCUCAAGCACUGCCAAAACAGGCAGAAACUCGGGGAGGCUGAGUACUCCCUACACCGGUCUGCAGAGCAGAGCCAGGCCAAAAGUGAGAAGACCAGCCUGCGGGCACAGAAGCUUCGGGAGCUAGAAGAGGAGUUCUAUACCCUGGUCAGUGUGGAAGAUGUGGCCAUAGAGCUCGGGCUGCCCAAAGUAACUGUGGACUUUAUCUAUAACUACUGGAAACUGAAGCGGAAAAGUAACUUCAAUAAGCCAUUAUUUCCUCCAAAGGAGGAUGAAGAAAAAGGCCUAGUGCAGCCAAAAGUAGAAAGUAUUCAUACUCGCAUGAGAAUGUUUAUGCAUCUACGGCAAGACCUAGAACGGGUCCGAAAUCUAUGCUACAUGAUAAGCAGGCGAGAGAAGCUGAAGCUGUCCCAGAACAAACUACAGGAGCAAAUCUUUGGUUUGCAAGUCAAGCUUCUUAACCAGGAAAUGGCUGAAGAACCUCCUUUGUCAAGUGGACCAGAUAACUCAUCUCAACCACCACCAAGAAUUACCUUAAAGUUAAAAAUGCCCAGAUUAGCCCUGGAAGACUGCGGAAACAGUUCCACAGAGUCUGAUCAUGGACCCUUUUCUCCUGGCAGCAACUCCCCUGCUCCCAAUACAGGGAGCAUGCAAGUGCCUCAGGAAUCAUUAGAAAUGAGAAUGAAAUCCUAUCCAAGGUAUCCAUUAGAGAGUAAGAAUAACCGUUUGCUGGUAGGUCUGGGCCUUUCUAGGAGUGAACCAAAGGAUCUUAGUCCUGCUCGAACAACUCCAUCACCAGAGUUCUAUCAAGGGCAGUCACUGGGAAAACCUCCGGUCCUUCAGGCCACCAUGCAUGGACAGUCCUUAAUUGGGAAUGGGAAAAGUCAGCCUCUCUCCAAGUUUGUCAAAUCCAAUGGCCUGGAGGGCAGCUGGUCUGGGGAUAUCAACCCAAUAGACAGCUCGAGUGAGAUAUUAUGUGGCCAGGAGUCCAUGCUCACCUCCCACUUGGCCAGUCAGGGUAGCUUUAGAAAACCUACCGUGGAACAUUUCAGCAGGUCUUUUAAGGAGUCCACCAACAGGUGGGGGAGGACCACAGAGGGCCUCCAGUGCUAUGGGAAGCAAACCAAGAAUGUUAACCCCAGGGAGCAGCUCUGGGGCAAGCAGCUUGUCAGGCGUUCUGCAGGGAAAGCUCCAUAUCAGGAAAAUGAUGGGUAUUGCCCAGAUUUGGAGCUGAGUGAUUCAGAAGCAGAAAGUGAGGGGAAUAAAGAGAAAGUCAGGGUAAGGAGAGAGAGCUCAGACAGGGAAAAUCCUGCUCAUGACUCUAGACGGGAUUGCCAUGGUAAAAGCAAGACAUAUCCCUUCUCCCACAGUUCAAUGCAAAGGUGAUUAACAACUUCCAAGAAUAUUGCAAGAAUAAAUGCAAUAUUUGCCUUUGCCUCAUAUAUUGUGGAAAACCCCACACACCAGAAGGAUCCUGGCAUAUGUUGGGGAGGAAUCUUGGUGAAAAGAAUAAAAUGUUUCCACAGUAAAUUGGCUUGCAAUUUCUAAACCAGUUUCAAGCCUAGUUUUCACAAGCACAUUACAAGAAUUGCAGAUUGUCCAAAAGUUUGUUUUGUGUUUUUGUUUUUGUUUUGUUUGUUUGUUUGUUUGCCAGAUACUAUUGAGAACAGCUGGGCCCAGAGUAGUUGUUCAGUAAAUACUUGAGGGCAGCUUUCCAGUUAUAUUAACACAAUGGUGUGCAUAUGUAUUAAGAAUCCCUGCAUUAUUAAUGGAUUUGCAAGAGACCAUGACUAUCAGACACUAAAACUACUUAUCUUUUGAACCUACAGCAUGUGACUCCUAGAGCUCCAUCUGUAGGAAGUUUCUGACUCCACUGGUAUCUGGAAACCCUCCUCAGGGAAAGACCAGGGAUCAACAUCUCAGAUACUGUCAAACUCACUACCCUCUUUGUUUGCUCUGCACAAGGUUGAGUUCCUUUCAGAGGAUCUUAAUUUACCAAUUCAAUACUACUAACGCUUCUAAGUGUCCAGUGCCUGUUCCUAGACUUGCUUGUUGGGGACCCAAUUGUAACUAUUUCACCCAGCUAACAAGCAUAAAAGGCUAACUUGUGGAUAGUGUUUACAAAAGUACUACUUCCAAGGAAAAUGCUCUGAUUCUCUCAGUUGUGGACAUUUGUGAAGGAUCCCAGAGCCUUUCCCAAAGUAAGACCAUUUCUGGGGGAUUUUUACCAGGUCAGGGUUUUUGUGUUAUUGUUUUCAAAUAAGUUUGACUUAAAUAAGUUCGGCUGACAGUUUUUGUAUACCUGCUUUGAUGUUUAUAAAAAUUUUAUUGAGGUAUAAUUAAAAUAUAAUAGAAUGCACAGAGGUUAAGUAUUCUUACCUGCUUUAAUUUUGAAACAGAUUUUUAUUGUCAAACAGAAUUUGAAAACAUGUGUUUAACACAUGGAUAUAAUUUAGCUUUGUACCAACUUUGAAUCUGAAGCAAUUUUCCAAACAAAAAGGCUGGAGCCAUUUUUCAGAAGUUGCUUAUACACUGUUCCCAAACUAUCAGCCUUGAUUAAUUUCUGGGAGGAAGAGAAUGAUUACAUUUGGGGGUGGAUAAACAUGUCUGCUUCCCAUUUAAAGAAAGGAAAAAUAUUACAGCUUUUAAAAUGUGAAGCCAACUAUAAUUCCUGCUCUCUUUUCUUCUUAGCCUUAAGUUAAUAUUCUCUUUUUUCUAGUUUGGGAAAGUAUAGUGGUAAUUUUCAGGCAAAAGGGGCCAUUUUAGAGUCUUAAAGUUGCUUACUGGUAAAACAGUCCAGCUGCAGUAGAUGCCAGUUGCUCCUCUAUAUGGGAAACUCAACAGUUUCCUCUCCCCACUUUUGUUCUUAUAGCCUUGUUAAUGGAUCUAUUUGCUUUUGUUUUUGCCUCCUGUUGUGAAAAUUUCUGUAUUUUGCCUAUCCUUUGGCCACACCUUCAACAUGUUUCCUUUAUGCCUGUGUACUGGUAUGAACAUGCUCUAGCAUGUGUGGGAGGUGGCCUGUAUUUUGUUUGAAUGGAAAAAGCUAUGACUUAUCCAGAGGAGAAAUAGAAUUUCUCCUAUUUAUGCACUAGGUUUCUGUGCUUUUUUUUUUUUUGUAGUUCUCCUGGGAUAGAUAUUAAUUUGACACUUUCAGGGCAAUGAAAUGAUAAUAGAGCUAUGUUAUAAACUCCUUCUGUUACAGGCCAGUACAGCAGCCUAUGUCCCGUAAUGCCUUUCAAUUAUGAGUGAAUGGGAAGAAAAGCAAACAUUGAAAAAGUGCUUCAGCCAAAAUUCCAUAUGUAAUACCAUUGGAAGAGUAUUGACUAAAAUAAUUUCAGUCAGGGAAAUAUAGUUGUAAUAUUUUUACAGGAUUUUCCUAAGCAAAUGAAGCAGCCUUCAGUUGUAUAAAUUUCAAUUGCCCCAAAAUGUAUUUGCUACAUUUUGCUGUUGUUUGAAGUAUUACCUCUUAACCGUCUUUGUUAAUUUUUUCAUUUUGUCUUAUAUAGUACAGUUUUCCAAGACAAAUUCAGUCUUUUUUCAUAUGUCACCUUUUUACCAAUACUUUUUCAUUAAAUUAUAAAA